GGGAUGGAAACAGCGUCGCGCGAUUGCCGUGAAGAACCGGCGUCCACUCAGUUCAGCGCUGCGCUUCAACGUGAGAACAUCGUCAUUUUGCAAGAGUCCUCUCCGGGUGCAAAUAAGGCAAAAAAAAAAAGAUAGUCACAUUACGUUUUUUCCCCCCACAUUAAGAGAAUUGUUUUUCUUGGAUAUUAGUGUGUGUUACGAGAAUAUUGCUAAAAAUUGUGAUAAAAAAUAAUAACCCGAGUGCGAAGUUGGCUCACAAUUUGUGUAACGCAAUUUGAAUCGACGACAGGGACGGAGAUAGACCCUUUUUGUUUCGUGACAAUUUGUGAAUUUUAUAAACAGUGAUUAAAUUUCUCCUCGUGCGAUACAAUAAUAUUGUUUCCCGCGCGCACAUCGGAUUGGCUGUACAGUUUUACUUGGAGGCCAAGGGGGAGAAGAGAGAAAGAUAUAUAUACAUAUAUAUAUAUAUAUAUUGUGGUGGGGGCGAGUUGUUUCAUUCAUAAAAAAGUUCUUUAUUACUCUGUGAGCGCAUGUGCUAUUCUACAGCGUACUACACAACCCCCUCCCCAUUUACGGGGCUAACUCUUCCGUAACUGCGGUGAUAUUUACUGUCGUCGUGUGUCUUUGGUGACUGUCGCGUUCCAAAAAAAAAAGAAGUGCGUGUUGCAACGAGUUUUUCGUUUGUGCGGAUUGAAUAAAUUAUCAAAGGUGGAUCUAUCAAUAGCCAAUACGGCGAAUCUAGUCGCAGAUCGUAGGAUCGGCGGCCUGGAUUCGCUCAAAUUACGCAAAUUGUGCGAUUUGGAAAAUAAUUGUCACAAUAAUUUGGAGGAUCGUCUUAAAGAAAGUAUGAAAGACAAUCGCGUAACAAUGAGGGCCGAAACAGCAAGACCGGGCAAACGUCCCCUGAGGGCAUUGUCGGCCGCUGAGAAAAUGGAAGCAAUUCAACGUGUUCACGAUGGCGAGAGUAAGGCGUCAGUUGCCCGGGACAUUGGCGUUCCUGAAUCGACACUUCGCGGUUGGUGUAAAUCCGAGCACAAAAUACGUGGAAUGGCAAGAAAUUCCUCAACACCCGAUAGCGAAGCACAUUCACCGGCAUCAUCAUCGGGCGCAGUCAAUAUUACAAAUUCAAAUUCCCAAAUUGGCGGCGGUACAAGUCAUUCCAGUGAGGAUGAGGGUCCAAUUCAAAAGCGAAUAAAAACCGAACAUCAAUUAUCCGCACUUGACGCAACAAUAACCGACAAUGGUGACGCAUCGACGAAAAUCGAUCAGAAAAAAUUCGAUUACCUUGGACUAAUGUCAAUGGCAGCGGCCGGUAUGCGUUCCGACAGUAGUGCUCUCCUUCUUCAACAUCUUGGUAUGAUGUCCCAAAGUGCAAAAAAUUAUAUGAUGUCCACUGGACUAACACCCACAGUUGGUCUUGUUGAAAAUGGUCUUCAAUAUACAAAAACCGCAACGCCAACAACCACCAAUAAUAAAAGGCAUUCAAUAUGCGCAAUUGCACCAACCCAAUUGGAUUCAAUGGUAAAAUCAGUUUCCCGCAAAAGUCUCCCACCAGCUGCCGAAGCACCAGCCACACAUGUACCAGCAUCGCCAAAUGUUCAACUAACAAAUCCACUUCAUCUAAGUCAAGUUCCAAUGUCAAAUCAUCAAUUAUCCACAACAAUGGUAAAUCAACUAUCCAAUUCAAUGACAUCCCAACUCACCAAUCAAUUGGCAAAUCCAAUGACAAGCCAAUUGGCAAAUUCAAUGUCAACCCAAUUGUCCAAUCAACUUAUUAGUCAAUUGUCAAAUCAAAUCAAUAAUCAAUUACCAAAACACAUCAACAACGAAAAGAAGACAAACAACAAUAAUAAUAAUGAAAUAAAUGCAAAAAAAAUGGACGAAGCCCUUUGGUUAUGGUUAACGCAACAACAACAAAUAAUUGGCCAACAAUCAACGCCAUUUAAUCCAGCGAGUCAAGAGGGCUCUUGGUUUUGGACAUGGUACAAACAUUACGGUGUUGUACCGCCAACAUCACUUCAUCCAACACCAUUGACAACUAAUUCAACAACAACAACAACUGCAACAACAACAACAACUCCACGUGGUCCAACGCCAGUGCCACAAAACAAUACCCUACCACGACGAUCACCAACAAAAGCAAAAGCAAUGCUCGACAGUGUAUUGUGUAACAAUAAUAAUGAAUCGGUGAAAAAAUUAUUUAAUUACGACGAUGAAUUAGAAAAUGAUGUCGACGUACCACAUACAACUGAAGAGGCAAUUGAGCAUGGUGAAAAAUUUUUCAAAUGGCUCGACAAGUGCUCUGAUCCAGCAGUGACACGUGUUCAAGUUUUCCAAUUUCGAAUGAUGUUGGACAAGCUCAAGGACUGCAAAAAGAAGAGGGCCUCGCCAAGUCUCAAGCAAAGCAGAAAGUAAGCAAGAAAAAAAAAAAAUAAAAACAAGAUCCCCGCAAUGGGUGCUGUGAUCGUUAAGUACAUAUGUAUAUGUAGUUUGUAUAUAUAAAUAUUAAUGUAAGAUACAUUUUUUUUAGAAUCAUAAUUCCGCGUUUUUAAAUUCGAAAAAAGGGAUGCGCACAAAAACCCGCUCAAAUGAUUAAAAGCCAAAAAAAAAAAAAAAGUAACCGAUAUUUUUUCUCUUCAAUUUACUUAUCGAAAUAUUUUUCAUUUAUUACACAUUAAAAACUAAAUAGCACUUUUAUUUAUUGUCUAUUAUAAAUAAUAUAAUUAUUCUUUCUUUUUGCUAUUGAUCGUAAAUUAUUAUUAUUAUUAUUGAUUAAUAUCUCGUUUAUUUUCAAAUAUGAUGUUGGGAACAAUAUUAAUAAUUAAUUACUAAAUCUGAUUAAUUGAAAAGAAUUUUUUCUUUAAUACUAAUUGUGUACGUUUAAAUAAUUAAUGUUUUGAAAAAAAAAUUUUUUGUUGCAAUUUUUUUUAUUUUUGAAUAGGAUUUGAAUUUAAAACCCACAAUCAGCUGACUGAUUUAAAGGUCUCUGUCUCUCAGCUUGAAUGCACGAGUUCCAUUGCUAUUAAUGUUUCGUAUUAUAUAUAUUUUGUCUAAAAUAACUUAAAUUAUAAUUAAUUAUUAAUAAAUUCAUUAUAAUUAAAUAUAAUGCAAAAAAUAAUUAUUUUAUAUUAUAAUAACGUAAUUAUUUUUAAUAAAAAUUAAUUAUUAUAAUGUACACAAUUACGAUAAUUAUCAUCUUAUAUUUUUAAUAAUAAUAAUAAUAUUAUUAUUGCUAUUAUUAUUAUUAUUAUUAUCACUAAAACAUUUUUUAAAACAAAAUAUUUUUUGUUUAAAAAAAAAAUUAUUUUCAGUUUUUACAUUUUUUGCAAUUUUUUUUUUUUUCGAAAAUUUUUUUCUUUUUUGUUUUGUCACUGAAUGAAAAGCUAGUCUUUGAAUCCUAUAAACACACGUUCGUUAUAAGUAAAUAUCUAUAUAGACAUGUAUAUAUUAUAUAAUAUAAUAAUAUAAGAAAUCGUUUGAGCGAGGAUUUUUCACUAUUUGAGAAUUAAUGUUUCUUCAAAUAAUAAUAAUAUGACUUGUACAACUGGUUAAAUUUUUUCAAUGAUAAUAAUAAUAAUUAAUUGGACAUUAAUAUUGUCGUGUGUGAGUGUUUCAAAUUCAGAGCGUUUAAAGAGGAGAGCUUUUUAUCUUUUUUGAAGAACAAAAAAAAUUUUAACGUUAAUAAAAACAAGUUAUUGAAAAUUUAAAAAAUAUAUAUAUAUAUAUAUUCACAUAUUAUUGUUUAAUUUUUAUUAAAUAUUAUUAAUUAACUGAAAAAAAAUUGUUUAUGAAAACUAUUAUUAUUAUUAUUAUUAUUAUUAUUAUUAUUAUUAUUAUUAUAAAGUAUAAUAUUCAAAAAUUAAUUCUAAUAAUUAAUAAUAUAAUGCAUUAAUAAUAAUAAUUAAUUGAUUACGAAAAUUGAGUUAUAAAGAAUUUUACGUGAAAAAAACUAAUUAUAAACAAUUAAUAAAAUUAUUAACUGUGAAAAAUUAGUUUUAUUUUGAACAUCUUUAAUGAAUAUUAAUUAUUAAUAAACGUUUAAAAAUUUUUUAAAAAAAUUUUCAAAUUUAAUUAAAUUUGGAUUUAUUGUAAAAUAAAUUGUAUUUAUUAAUAAACGUUAAUAAUAAAUAAAAAUCAAUAAACAUUUAUUAAUAAUUAUUAUUUUAUAAAUAUUAAUAAAAGCAAUUGAUGUUUAUUGAUGCAACUAAUUAGUUAGAAAAGUAACUAAUUAGACAAAACUAAUUGCUCAUAUAAUCGUAAUCAAUUAUAAAUUAAAUUAUUUAUAAAAUGUUAUAUAUAUAUAUUUAUAUAUAUAUAAUUAUAAACAUAAAAAAUUGAAAAAAAAACUCUAAAAUAAUUAAUAAAAAUUAAAUAAUAAUAUGUGAACGGGACAAAAGUGUUAAUUUUAAACGCUACGAAUUCGAAGAAUUUGGCCAAUUUAUAUAGAUUUAAAAAAAAAUCUAGAUACAAUAAAAAAAAAAUAUAUAUAUAUAUAGAAUCGUCUCUAUAAACGCGACGUGAAAAUUAAGUUACCUCGUGAACGGAAUAAAAGGGAAAUUAUAAGAAUUUAAAUAAAAACUAUUGGGCCGAAUCAAAAUAUAGGUCGUACGAUUUUCUUCACACUUUGUAAAUAAGAGAAUAUACCAAAUUCUUAAAUCGAUUAAAGUUGUGUAUACAAUUAAGGUUUUAUUAUUAUUAUUCUAUUAUUAUUAUUAUUAUAUUAUUAUUAUUAUUAUGAAAUAUUGUAAACCGUAGAGAUUUAUCGUUAUUCCAUUGCAAUUGAUUCAUUAGCGAAUUUAAGACUAUUUGCGUGUAAAUAUCUAUAUAUAUAUAUAAAUGUAUGUGAGCGAAUUGAGAAAAAUAGAAAGAAAGAAAGAAAGAGAGAGAGAUUUUUUUCGUUUCUAAAAAAAUAUUUAAGGGAUUUUAUAACUGGAUUUAAAUCGCAAAACUUUGAGGAAGUUGAGACAAAAUUCUCGAACGGAAUUUUAAGAAAACUAGUCCGGGGUGGUAUUUUUUUUUUAAUACAUAUCUGAAGACGAAGUAGCUUUAGUUUUUUUUUCUCUCUCCCUCUCUCUCUCUCUCUUUCUCUUGAUCGACGCGUUUGGAAUUCCGGAUGUGUUUCGCUUCGAAAACGAAUUUCAAGAAUUGCUGAUCGAUCACUUCGUCCCUCGCCUGACCGGUUUUACGUCUAUACUCCCGAUGAUACAAAACAAAAAAAAAAAAAAAGAAGAACGAGUUGUGAUUUGUAUCUGAAGCAACAGUCGACAAAAGCCAUAUCGAUGUGACGAUUAGAGAAAAUAUUGUUUA